AUGGUACAACUUACUUCAGGAACUGCUGAUUCUAUAACUAGUAAAUUAUUAUGGUUUUUUACUGCUAAAAAUAUACCAACUAAAACUUUAUUUUAUAUGGAAUCAGAUAAAACAAGUGUAAUGUUAGGAAAAUUAAAUGGUGUAGCUACUCAAUUAAAAGCAUUAUAUCCUUUUUUAACUGAACAUCAUUCAAAUUAUGUAUCUUUAUUUGAUAUAAAACUUCAACUUGAUGCAACUAUUAAGGCUAUUACUACAAAGUUUAUUGAUGAUUUUGAAAUACUAUUAUUUGUUCAGAAUUUUGCAAAAGCUGUUAUUGAAAGUUUAAAAGAAAGAUUUCCAGAUUAUAGUCUUGUUGAUGCAUUUCGUAUAUUUUAUCCAAAAGAAUUACCUAUUGAUAAAACUAUACUUGGAUAUUAUGGUCAAAAAUCUAUUCAAAAAUUAAUUAAUUUUUAUGAUACUUCAAAAUUUAUUAAAGAUAAUAUUUAA